CAGCGCAUAAACACUCCGCCGACCUCACUGGUCCGCCAUCUUCUAGCCAAUAACCGGGCCAAAAAUAACAUACUGCGUUUAAACAAAAAAAAUACUCGGGGCGCAGUUUUAUUUAAUUUUUUUUCUUCCCUUCUCCACAUCGAGAAAUAACUGAGUUGUGUUUUUGCUCCACUGAAUCAUGAGUGACGCGGAGGAUGGGCACUAUAAAGCACGGGGGUCACGCUCCCCAUCUAAAUCGGAUCGGGGGAGUCCAGCUCGGGUGAAGUCGGAGAGCAGGUCCGGCUCCCCGAGCCCAGCCCGGGCCGCCAAACGCUCUGGGUCCAGAUCCCGCUCCAGGUCAAGAUCUAGGUCUCAAUCUAGGCGGCACUCAAACCGCCGCUAUAGCCGCUCACGUUCUCGGUCCUAUUCCCAGCGGAGGAAGUCCCGCUCACGUUCCUACAGUCCUGAGUACCGCCGCAAGAAGAGCCAGAGCACCUCCCCUAUGUCCAACCGGCGCCGUCAUACUGGCAGCAGGAGCCAUGACUUCCCAAAAGAAGCAAACAGUCAGGGUGGAGAUCCUGAUGUAAGGGCGAACCCUGACCCCAGCACGUGUUUGGGGGUGUUUGGCUUGAGCCUGUACACUACAGAGCGUGACCUGAGGGAGGUGUUUUCUCGCUACGGUCCUCUGGCAGGGGUCAAUGUGGUGUACGACCAGCGCACGGGACGCUCCCGCGGCUUUGCGUUUGUUUACUUCGAGAGAAUUGAUGAUUCCAAAGAGGCAAUGGAGCGAGCCAAUGGCAUGGAGCUGGACGGGAGGCGCAUCAGAGUGGAUUAUUCCAUUACUAAACGUGCUCAUACCCCCACACCAGGAAUCUACAUGGGCCGACCAACUCACAAUGGUGGCGGCGGCAGCAGCAGCGGCGGAGGUGGUGGCGGCGGCGGUGGUGGAGGAGGAGGUGGUGGUGGUGGUGGUGGUGGAGGAGGAGGAGGAGGAGGAAGUGGCGGCAGGAGGGGGAGAGACUCUCAUUAUGACCGUGGCUAUGAGCGCUACGACAGAUAUGAUGAGUACGACUAUAGGUACAGCCGCAGGCGCUCUCCGUCGCCGUACUACAGCCGAUACAGGUCUCGCUCACGGUCUCGCUCCUACAGCCCACGGCGAUACUAAGUUUCUUCCUUCAACGCUCGACUUCCCUCCAAUAAUUGAUGGUGUGUGUGUGUGACUCAUCAAGGUGUUUCUGAGGGGAACAUUUUGAAUUAGCAUGUCUAUAUCAACAGAACUUUAAAAGUCUGAGAUGGUUCUUGUUCACAUGCAAUAGAUGUCUUAAUUUUUAGACGUUUUGAUGCAUCCAUGUUGAGUGUGAGCAAAGAACUCAUGCUUCAUUCUUAGAUUUGCAUCCUUCCUUCCCACUUCACUUUCUGCAGCAAUGCAACCUCUUUUCCCUGUUUUAAGUGAUGGUUAAAUAAGAUUUAUUGCACUGAUCACUGUUAACGUGGCCCUUGUCAUGAUCGGGAAAGUAAACUGGGUUUUUGUAAAUAAUGGUGACACUUAAUUUUACAACCUGUUUUAAGUAAAUGGAACGAUGCACUCAAUGUUCAGAUCACAGAUUGAUCUCAAUGUUAACUGGUAAGUAGCAGGUAAUUCAGGCUUUAAAAUGUAGUGCCAUCACUAGUUGGUUCUUUGCUCACAUUAAUUUCUUUUUUUAGUCAAGGAAGUCAUUGUUUGAGUUUCUCUAGUUUUAUUAUGUAGUACAUUUUUUAUUGUUGUUUCUUUGUAUGGAAAUACAAAUAUAUGAAAACUCCAAA